AUGUCAAAGGACAGCAAACAAUCCGUAUUGCAAUUCCUAGACUCGCUCGACGCGCCUCCAACGACCUCUAAAGCACCUUCACCAUCAACAAAACAGCCCACAAACGCGUCUACGGGUGCACCAUCAGGAUCAGCGGCGACGACGGGUAAUGCAGCAGAGGCGCUCGCGUUUCUCGAUGAGCUAACGCAGCAAUCGAGUAGACCGACUAGAGUCCUCACCCCCGGUCCUCGCGUCCGCAAUGCGCCAGGUGAUGCUACCCGUACGAGUGCAAAGGCCUCGCCUGCACCUUCAUUAUCACGUGCAACGGGUACAAAUGUGGGUAUUACGUCGAAUACGGCUGCAUCAGCUUCAUCGAAUCCCAAUACGGAGGAGCCAAAGCCCACUACGGCUGGCUCGGGUGGUUGGGGGUGGGGUUCGGUGUGGAAUACAGCGUCUGCGGCAUUGGCACAAGCAAAGAAUGUCGUCGAGGAGCAGGCAAAGCAUUUGCCAAAUGACCAGGCCAAGAAAUGGGGCGAAGGUGUCAUGACCUAUGUCAAGCAAGCUCAGCUCGACAAGAUUGGGACCGAUCUGCGCAAUGUCGGCAUGUCUACCUUGACCCAGAUGAUCAACGCCGUCGCUCCUCCAAUUGCAGAGCAUGAAGUCAUCCAAAUAUGGCUGAGUCACGAUAUGAAGGGCUACGAGGGCGUCGAAUCAAUCGUAUACCGUUCCUUGGCCAGAAUAAUGGAGCAGGUCGAAGGCGGCGAUCUCGUCGUCAACAGGGGAAACGAAUCGAAACCCAAGAACGACAAGAAUGAGCGAGAUUUGGGCGCUAUUGAUGGCUUAGAAUCCGCCUACAAGCUCUCUAUCGCCGAACUAGACGGUCUCGUCAACUCGGACAUUCUCAAUAUGCCGAAGAAGGAGAGUCUGACCAAGGCCGACAACCCAACGACGUACUCCUCUGUCUUUCUUCGGAUACAACCGUUCUAUUCCAUCACUCCACCUUUCAUGACCUCUAUCAACAAAGAAGAAACGACCGCUCCAGCUCGACAGCUCCAAUUUUUCCUGUAUCUCACGGACCCGAAUCAUUCGAUUACGCAUUCAACCGUCUCCCAGGUUAUUCCCGCCGAGUGGCUGGAUGUCUGGGACGAGUAUGACUGGGUGGAAGAUCUCGUCGUCGAGGCACUCCGCGUCAGCAUCGAGAUCGUGGGUGAACAAUAUCUCUCUAGUCGGAUGAACUGGGGAAAAAAGAAGCCUCUUCAGUCCGGGCCGCCGAGACAGAGUUCAGAGAAGAAUGAAAGGCCUCCCGAAGAGGCGGCGUAA